UUUCUCUCUCAUCAUUUUAUUCCCCUACCUGGGAGGUUUGGACGACACUGCCAAAUGCCAAUCCCAUCUCUCUCUCUCUCUCUCUCCCUCCCUCUCUCUCUCUCACCAUCCCUGCCUUUACAGUACUACUAGUAGGAUACAGCAUCAUCUUCUCUCUCUAUCUCCUAUACAUGUAGCCUCUCCCUCUUCUCUUCACCUCUAUCUCUCCACACCAGGCCAGUCACACACGCUCGUACUCAUGACCUAAUCACUCACUCAAUUCAGCGACCUCUUUUCAGCUGCUUUUCUUCCUCCUUGGAACAGCCAACAAGUCGAGCUCGAUCGAGCUCGUCGUGUCUGCAACAAGAUCCAUUCCACUCCUGCGCGAUGAGCACCACGACUAGCAGGGUGACGGCGACGACAGCAACUCCUGAUCUCUCCCUCCACAUCAGCCCUCCGUCGCCAGCAGCGGCCGCCGGCGAGAUGCAGGCGGCGGAGCCGAGGCUGCUGCUAGGGCUCGAGCUCGACACGGCGGCGCCGGCGGCGGCGAAGACGGACGACGCGGCGGCGCAGCGGCACGGCGGCGUCCAUCAGGUUCAGCAGCGGCUGCACCAGCCGAACCAGACGGCGCACGGGCUCAAGAAGAGCUCGGGCGGCGGCGGCGGCGGCGGGAGGAGGAGCGCCAGGGCUCCGCGGAUGCGGUGGACCACCGCGCUGCACGCGCACUUCGUGCACGCCGUCGAGCUCCUCGGCGGCCAUGAGAGAGCAACACCAAAGUCAGUAUUGGAAAUGAUGAACGUGAAGGAUCUUACACUUGCCCAUGUCAAGAGCCACCUGCAGAUGUACAGAACAGUGAAGGGCACAGACAGAUCAUGCAUUGCAGGCCAUGGCCAGGCCAGAGACAUGGUCUUUCUGAGAAGAAGAGGUAGUGCUGGUGAAGUGGAUGGCUUUGAUGUCUUCAACAGCAACUAUGCAGUCAACACCACCACUAUCUUCAACAACAACACUCCUUCUAGCGAUGAACUGGCGCUGCAGCCAUGGCCAUGCCGCCUGCGGCCUGCAGCUGACCGCCUCUUGAUGACGACGGCGACGGAGCAAAGCCAGGGAUUGAAGGUAGGAGAACAAGAUAAUAAUCACGGACAAGGUGCCGUUGCUCUUCACCAUCUCGCGGAGGCGGAGGCUCGGGAGAAAGUAUCAUCACCCCAGGCGCCAACACCCCGCGACUACGCAGGAAGCGGCGGCUUCCACCGGCCGUCGCCGAACAACACGAGCAGCAGCGGCGACGACACGGUGUCGAGCUCGGAGUGGCCGCCGCUCCAGCAGGAUUACGGCAACGACGGUGGCAUGAUGACCGUCAGGGUGGUGGCGAGUCAUGCCCCGCCGCCGAGCCUGGAGAUGAGCCUGGGGAGGCAGGGGUGGCAGGUGGAGCAUCAGCGCGUCGGCGUCGAGUUCGAGUCGUCGUCGCCGCCGGCGGCCAACGAGCUAACCCUGCUCAAGUGCUUAUGAAACGAUGAAGUACCCCCGCAUUGUUUCUUGCUAAUUAACUGGCUUGUAAGCCUAAUCUUCCGACCGAUCAAACCAAAGCCCGUGCUAAUCUUAUCUUCGUCGUCUUUUUUUUAGACCAUAUAUGUAAUGUAACCACACAAUGGAGCCACGGCUCUAUUGGGCUUUUUACUAGUUGGCCCACGCAUAGAUGUCUCAAA